GAUAGUAUCCCGUGACCUAAGAUUCUUAGCACGUUAGCAACGACUGUCUUGUAAACAAACAUGGCUAUGAAUAUUAAAAUUUGUGAAAUUGUUUUUUAGAUUGUUUAUUAAUUAUGUGAACAGAUUAUUAUCUUGAAAUGUUCAUAUUAGUGUCUCAAAACUUUAUUAUACGUGAAAUUAAGUUUUUAGGUAAUAUCGCAUAACGCUGAAAUUAUGGCAGAUGAUCCAAAUCGAGACCUUUUGCCUGUCAGAGAAGGUUCUUGUACGGAUACUUUUAGUAGUAUAGAUCCCAGGGAUCGGCAUUGCGUAAUUAAACUCGAUCGUUAUCAACUGGAGGAUAGAUAUUUGCGAUUACUCGAGGAAGCAAAUAACUUGAAGAAACUAACAAAUUGUCAGGAGGAUAAAAUUAAACGAUUGGCAACAAAGUUGAUGAGAGUAACCGCAAGUACAAGGCCAUGUUCGCUUGCUUUAAACAUUUAUGAAGAUAAAAAUAAAAUAAUCGCUCUUGAACUUGAGAACUCCAAGCUCAAAGAUAAAAUCACAGUAUUGAAAAAUCAACUAUUGAGUCAUACGAUAAGCAGUAGAUCGUCAUCAAAAACUCGCGUGAGGCCAUCAUCCGGACGCAUAACUUGCCGUAGCGAAAGCAGCCGUACCAAAUUAUGUUGUCACUGUUUAGACGAUGAUACGUCCAACGUGCAAAGCUAUCUUGAAAAAAUCGAGGAAUUGGAAUCGCAGAAAAGUGAAAUGUGUUCUCGAAUAAUUCAAUUAGAGAAAGAGGUAGCCACUUAUACCACUAUUUGCCAAAGAGAGAAAGUAGCAGACAAUGUCGAGUACAUAAAGAUUUGGCGAGAAAUGAAGCAAAUAAACGAUAAACUAAUAACCGCCGAAAACGAGAACGGGUCAUUGACCGCACAAAUCGACGAUUUGAAGAAAAAGCUCGACGAGAAAACGAAGAAGAACGAAAUUAUGGCGUCAGAGCUUUUAUUGGAGAAGAAACGAAUAGCGGAGAUCGACGAGCAAAUAUUGAAAACGAAAGAUUCUGAACUUUCGUUACGAGAAAAGAACGAGCAGAUAAAAGAUCUCCUAAAAGAGGUAAAGAUACUGCAGCAACACAACGAGGAACUUAUAAUACUGAACUCGAAAUAUACAAAAGUGGAGAUAGAGAACAAGGAAUUGAAGAAAAAAGUCAUCGAUCAACAACACGAUCAAGAGACUUUGAAAACAGCUGUUGAUAACGAACAGGCUAAUAUCAUUGCGUUGCAAACCUCGAACGAACAAUUGUUGGGAAAACUCGAGGAAUUGCAGAAAAACAUAGAAAAUUUAACGAGUUAUCAGACGCAAGCGGAGAAAGCGGAAGCUAAGGACGCGCAGAUAUCGAUAUGUUUCUCUGACAUGCAGAUAUCAGCAUUACCUACGAAACAUGAUUUGAUGUGUAAAAAUAUCGAGGCCCAAAUAAAGUGCCGCAAGUGUUCCGAAUUAGAAUAUGAAGAGGUAAACGCAGUGAAAAAAGAGAAAUGCAAGAAAUGUUGCGAGCCAAUAGACAACGAAGAUUUACAUAAGAACAUGUUGUAUAAUUCUCGUAUAAAAACAGUCGAGAAUAAAUCGAUGCAAACAGAAAUUGUGAAAACGACCGUUGUGGAUGGGAAGGAUUAUAACGAGAUUGUAGCAUCUAAGAAAGAAAUAUUGAUAAAAGAAGUUAUAAAUUCCGAAUCUCAAACUCUAUGCUCGGAAAGUAUGAAACGUGCCAUGAUCACGGAUUCACAGUGCUAUAGCUUGAGUCCAGACAAAAUGUUGAAGUUUUUAGAAGAAGCGCAAAUAGGUACAACAUGUCCGGAAGCAAUAAAACAGAGAAGCACGGCCACUGACAUUGAUUACGAUAUUUUGGAUCAAUAUCAGAGACAAAGUUCUACAGAGAAAAAAGCAAAGCAAGAAACUUUUGAACUCAAACUUCAGCAUCAGAGUAGGAAAGACAAGAUAAUUCCUUUGGAAAAGCAAUCGGCAGAUCCGAAUAAAUUGAUAUCCGUAUUGUUUAAUAUUCUUCAAGAGUAUUCUUUGACUUGCACCAUACCCAAGGAAGCCUCUACUCUCUAUCGUCCGGCGAAACGUGCAAAAUUUCCCAACAUCGAUAACGAUGUAAAAACAACGGUAUACAAUGACGACGUGUCAAGCAUUCCCUCUUCAAAGAAAAUUUGUUGUAGCCCUUACAAGCAAGAAAAGAUAAGGAAAAAAAUUUCCAAUACGAAGAAACGUCAUCGAAUCAAGAUGAUCAACAACACUUGCACUUGUACCAAUUUGAAAUACGAUGGGAAAUGUACUCAUUGCUGCAAUACCUUGGUGAAAUCGUUGCAGAAUGAUGUUUCUCCAUACGAAUCUUGGAAUAAAAAUGAAAAAAAGAACGGAGAGAAUCCGAAGAAUAUCUCGAUGAACUCUCCAGCAUCGUUGCAGGAUUACGUCAAGCAUUUGGAUAAAUACAAGGAAUUUAUGACCGAGAUGAAUGAAAUUGCGGAAAGUGUACAAGCCAUGGAUCCGAUACAAAAUUUCUUGCAACGAGAACAUAAAUCCGAAUCGGAAACCCAUUGCAGCUUGGAAUGUCCAAAUAUCGAUUGCAUCGAUAUUUCGAACAACGAUUCGUUUCCAUUGGUGAUCGGGGAAGGUCAGGGCCUUGUCGAGCUUCACAUCGUUUCCUUGCAACUUUCAACGUCCGCUAAGCAGAUACUUUUCCAAGAGAAGGAUCUUGGUAACGUGUCGUUAUACGUGAGUUGGAACAUUUGGAAUCAAGAAACUGCCUACACGCCCACCCUCAAGUGUCCCAAAUUAAACUUCAACUCGUCCUUCGUAUAUCGAAUCCCGGAUCUGUUCUCAUUUUUCAACUAUAUCCUUCUAGAAUUCGUCAUAUUUCAAGUGAACGUGUAUCAAGAGGAUAACAAAAAUUUUAUAGUGGCCAGGGGAAAGCUUUGCAUCAAGGAUAUAUUGGACUAUCCUCAGAACAAGCUCCACUAUAUAGCCCCUGUGAACAGCGUUAUCCCGUGCACGGUCGGCAUGAAUUUUGGCCAAUUGUCCUUGUGGGUCAGAUUGAGUUGCGAUCUCGAGAAGGUGGAGGCUUUCAAAAAGAGGCGUGGAAUAGUGUCGGAUGUUGAGAAACCAAAGAAAGAAUUGGAAUCGAAAGUUGUGCCGAAAGUUGUGCCGAAAGAAGAGAUAGUGCCGAAGGUAGUAAUAACGGAGCCGAAAGAAGAGACGACUCCCGAGGAAGAUCCCGAAGUUCAAUACGAAUCAAAUGAUUCUGACGAAGUACAGUCGAUCGUUCUCGAAAAGCUCCCCGAUUUGGAAGAGAAUUUGACCGUGAUGAAGGAGACCGAUGAGGAAACUAACGCCUCUAUAAAGGAUGUUCUACUCAACAAUAUGCUGUUUAAAUGGAGAACCGAGUCGAAUGAGGAAACGACGAACGAGGAAGAAAAUAAUUUUAACGAAAGAUUUGUACCUAAAGAGAGGUUGGACCCGGAUUUAUUUUUCAAAGAACUAGAAAAAGAGAACGAUAUUGACGUAAACGAGGAAAAAUCAAACGACACGAUUAAGGAAGUGGCCGACGUGAUAGUGGAGAAAAAUUGGAACAAGUAUAAGGAACGGAGUCUUCGAACUGCCAAGGAUUCCGUAAAAAUCCAAGAACCUGUCAUCGAUGAAUCCAAUGAUAACGAAAUUGAGAAGGAUGUGAUAAUCAUCGAAAUCAUAAACAUGCAUUUGUUUUCGACAUCUUAUGUUAUGCAGAAUCCCGAUUACGAACUAUUUUACAUCGAGUAUUGCUUCUUGGGUUAUUGCGGCGCUGAUAUGGAAACGAUUUCGGUGAGAAAACCAUCCUAUCCGAACAAGUUUUUUGAAUUUAAUUUUAAGAAACUGUUUCGAAUAAGCGAAGAUAAGUAUUCGGUGCAAAGCGAUAUCUUACGUGCGAUGUUGGACAAUACUACUAAUCCUAAUAUAAGAUUCAUUGUCGUUUGUGAACCACUUCCGGAAGAAACAGAUAUGAAAGAGUGUGUGGAAAUAGGAUACGCUAAUUUUAAUAUAAGAGAAUAUGCAUUAGGAGAGGCUAAAAAAUAUAACUCGCUUCCUAUCUAUGGUGUAGAGGAACACGAAGAAAUUGGUAUCUUAAAGGAGGCAAAUUAUUCUUAACUUUUCGUCUUGUUAUGCUUCAAUGUCGCAUUCUCAGUGUUUUCGCCUUCUUUCAAACUGGACAAUUGCGUUUUACGAAAAAUAUCGUUGAAGACACUCGUGGCUGCCUGUAAAUCCUU